CGGGGGCACCCUGCCAGCAGAGAGAAAACAACAUGCUGUGAAGAAUGUCUAACUCAGGGAAGCUUAGUAGCGCGUCCACUGGAUCCCCCCAUUCCUUUCAAGGUCCCAGCCAAGGGAAGAUUUUACAGCAGACCCACCAAGGCAUUACUAUCCAGUUGACCAAAGUACACAGUGAAGACAACUGGGAGGAGUUAGAAGAGAGUGAUCUCAUAUUUACCCUGGAUCAAGAUGAAGAGGAGGCCUUGCUGGCAAAUCCGAUACCCAACAAAGCCAGAGCUCCUUUGUAUGGACAGCCAACAGGGAAAGAAGGAACUGUGGUUGAUGAGCUAGCUCUAGCUGCCUUUGAGUGUGGAGGUGAUGUUCUGCUGUCCGGCGAGACUCAGAGAUGUAGUUCUCCAUUGAUGCCAAGCUCACCCUCUUCAAAACCUCUCAUCAAUUUAGUCAAGUCUGUCUCUACUGAAAUUGAUCCCAAGGAUCCGUCUCCUCACAAAACCCACCCCUUUGUCAAUCUGGUCAAGUCUAUUUCCACUGAAAUUUCCAGACUGGAACCAGAGGUAUCACAGUCCAAGUCAGACUCUAAACUGAAUGUCCAUCUGUGGAAACAAAUAACCCAGCCUAAGAGCAAAAAUGGAGACUCUAGGACAGCUCCGUCUUCGCCUAGUUUGUCACCUUGCGAAAGCAAAGGUAUGUUUUUCAACGUACAGGAAGUAGAAGCCAAGCUGGAGGACACCAAGAGGAGGUUGUCAGAAGCCAUGCAAGAACCUUUAAGCAUGCUUAGCAAAAUUAUAGGUGAGGAGACAAGCCCAAGCCCUAAAUAUAGAACUAUACCCCCAAUGUUUGCCAGCCAGGAGUCCCCAACAAGUCAACAGCGGGACCAGGGUUUUUUUGAUACAAAGAACAUUUUUCCAAGUUAUGGAAAGUUAGAAGAAAGUGAAAGCCUGGAGUUUAUGGAAAAUCCGAGAAGUGUUCCGAGAGAGACACCUAAAAGCUGCUGCAAGUAUAAGAUCUGCUCCUAUGGCGACAUGAUCCAAGUCGUAGAACUAGGCAAUGAUGUAGUAUUAGAAGAUCAGGAUUUAUUGGAGCCUGCCACCACUUGCCAAUCGCCUCACCAUAACAAUGAUGUGCCAUGCAGUGCCCUGGUCUGCGUAGCAAUCCUAGCUUACAACUUCUUCAUUUGGCCCCUGCCAGCCUAUAUAUCUGGGCUCAUCAUGGGUAUUACCAGUGGCUUUCUCCUGGGACUUUUUAUGGUGCUCUUGUUGGUCCCGAAGCCUUCUUACUCCUCCAGACAUAAGCGAUGCCUGCGGGAAAGUUCGAAAUUCCAAUUGGCAACUCAGAAGGUCCAGGAACCCUGUGUCUUACAGGGCUGGAUGAAUGAGAUAUUUUCCUAUGACCCUGAGACGUAUCACCCUGCUCUCACGCACUCCGUGUUUGUAUCCUUGGAAGGGACGACCUUAAAACGUAGCUAUCCAAAGAGCAAUCUGCCUCGAAGGUCUACCUUUGGAGAGGAGAUCCCAGAGGUUGCAUUCGUCAUUCAUGAGACCUGUGACUUGACCGGUGCUCAGGUAUUUCUGUUUCCAUAUGGGCUGGCCAAGAAGAGACUAUGGAACAAGAAAUACCCUAUAUGCAUCGAGCUGUGCAGCUCUGAAGAUCUUAAUAGCCAAGAAAAAGGGGACAAGGAUGGUGGAGAAUCUCCAAGGCAGGACAGAGAGGACUCUGAGAAGAUCGCAGGGGACUUCAAAGCUGGGACUUUAUAUCUGUUUGGGAGGACAGGGAGAGGCAAGGAAGAGUGGUACCAACAUCUGCUCCAAGUCAUCCAAGGGUCCAUGGCAGGAAGACAAGAUGGCACUAGAAGCGACAGCAGAACAGGAUCUGGACCUCAUCCAUUGUCCAGCUCAGGUAGCUUGGGGGGAACCAGUAAUAGCAGUAUGGAGAGUACAGAGGAUAUUCCUUAUCUGCUAAAACCCAAAGACGUAUCAGGGAACGUCAAGCAGAAUAUCCUUUUGGACUACAACAGAUACAUUUCCCACUUCAUCCCAACAGAGACCAUAAGUCCCGCCGCCAGUCCUCAUCAGAGCAGAACCAGCAGUCCCACCCCUCGGAGAAAGCAGUUCUUGGAGCGCGCUCUCUCCAGCAGCCCCAAUGUGUUCUGGGUAAACGCCUAUAUCGGGCGUAUCUUCUGGGAUUUCCUCCGAGAGAAAUACUGGGAGGACAUAGUGGCCAAUAAAAUCCAGAAAAAGCUAACAAAAAUCAAGCUGCCAAACUUUAUGAAUGAACUGACCCUAACAGGACUGGAUAUGGGGACAUCACUUCCUCAGAUACUGUCUACCUCCAACCCCAGUGUGAAUGAGAGAGGUUUGUGGAUGGAUAUGGAAGUUAAGUACAGCGGAUCUUUACAAGUAACGUUGGAAACGAAGAUGAACUUAUCCAAACUGGGGAAAGAAUCAGCCAUGGAGGACGGUGGACUGCCCAAGAGCCAUAGAGAGGGGUCAAUGAUGCCAAGAGCGAGGAUUUUCACCGAUAGCGACGAAGAGUCCUCAAGCGCUGGCUCGUCAGAAGAUGAAGAGAUCCCAGCAGCAGAAACACAGGGUACUGUGGCAGACAGAGCUAACCCAAAUAACACUGACAGCUUUACGGGUGGGAACAGCACCAGCCGCAAGAUUCUACGCUUUGUAGAUAAGAUCGCCAAGUCACGAUACUUCCAAAGGGCAACGGAAAAUGAAUACAUCAAAAGGAAGAUGGAGGAAAUGUCCAACACUCCCAUGCUGCUGACCGUGGAGGUUCAAGAGCUGGAAGGAACCCUGGCCGUCAAUAUCCCCCCUCCCCCCACUGACCGCAUAUGGUACAGCUUCCGAUCACCACCACAAGUGGAAAUGAAGGUUGUCCCGAAGCUCGGAGAGAGAGAGGUCACAUUCAUACAUGUCACUGAAUGGAUAGAGAAGAAACUACAAGAUGAGUUCCAGAAAAUCUUAGUGAUGCCAAACAUGGAUGACUUGUACUUUCCCUUAAUGCAGCCUGCGGUGGAUAAUGCCAGGCCAACACAAAAUGACCCCUUUAAGCCAGGUCCUCUAUGAAACUUGGAACAAGAGCCGCAUGGUCCAGCAAACGCCCAGGACUGGGAUGCACAGAGAACUCUGGGGUGUCACUGAGUGAUUUAGAGGGACAAAUGAUGCCUGCUGCACUAGAUGAUGGAUCCAUUGAUGAAGAAAGUCCAUUUUAGACUGGACCGCCACAUUACAAACCAUUGAAGAUGGACCAUAUUCCGGAGCAGGCUACAAGAACAUGACAUGAACCAGAGACAUAUCUGUUA